AUGAUCCGAUAUGGUAAUCUUCGAUGGAUGCUUUUAUUCUUGCUUUUAGUGGAAGGAAAUGCCAAUAGUUUAUUUAAUUCGCCAAUUUUAACUGCUGAUGCAUCUUAUAACUCGUACAAGUUCAAUAUACUUCAUCAUUUAACGGCGAUAUCGCCUUAUUUUGAAUCUGAUACAAAUGAACUGAAUCCUGGCCUUCCAACUGGUUGCACAGUGGACAAAGUCGUUUAUUUAAUUCGCCAUGGUUCAAUCUAUGCAAAUGAUUAUGAUUACGAACAUACAAUUGAUCCAUUUCUAAAACGUUUCCAGUCUUCUUUGAGCCAAAUUGAUUUUUCUCGAUCUCAAGAAUUCGCUUUUUUACAAAGCUGGAAUUCGCCCAUAUCGGAUCCGAAUGAACAAUUAGAAAAAUUGACCAAAUCAGGUCGUCUCGAAGCUUUUCAUCUUGGAACACAAUUGGCAUACCGCUAUCCAAAUAUAAUCCCUGAAAACUUUCAUGCAUCAUUCAAAAUAUGGGCGUCAUCAUCGAAUCGAACCAAAGAGAGUGCUUCAUCGCUUCUCUCAGGCUUAUCUGGUGAAGAAAAAACAAUCGAUGAUGUUUCAUUAAUCAAGGAAGAAAAGAAUCAAGGCGCAAAUACAUUAUCACCAACAAAAACUUGUUCUAAGUUUAAUAUUUCAUCGGGUUCUGAACAGGCCAAUAUCUGGCUCGAACAUUAUACUUCAUCAAUCAUCACUCGAUUGAAUAAUCGAAUAUCCGGGUUUCAAUUCUCAGCCACUGAUAUUUUAGCAAUGCAAGAACUGUGUGGCUAUGAAACUGUCAUUCGUGGAUCUUCACCAUUUUGUCAAAUUUUUACAUCGGAUGAAUGGCUUUCGUUUGAGUAUUAUUUCGAUAUCAAAUAUUAUUAUUCAUUUGGAUAUGGAAGCUAUCUAUCGGCAAGUCUCGGAAUGCCGUGGGUGGUCGCAUCAAGUGAACUUCUCAACGAGACAGUUACCACCAAUCAAAAUCUUUACAUCAAUGUCGUUCAUCGAGAGAUGUUACCGUUAGUUUUAACAGCAUUAGAUCUGUAUAAUGAGUCAAAUGAAAAUCCAACACUUCCAUUGGAUCGUAUUAACUAUCGACGAGCAUGGAGAUCGAGUCAAUUUGUUCCAUUUCUUGGACAUAUUGCAUUAGAACGCUUACAAUGCACAUCGAGUUCGUACAAUGGAAAAUUCAUUCGAAUUCUUGUCAAUUCUGCACCGCAGCCUCUACCUGGAUGUGAGAAAGGACCAGGCGCGAGUUGUCCUCUAACACAAUUUAUGGAUUAUAUCAAAAAUCGAGAUGAUUUACAUGAUGAUUUCUCGAAAGCAUGUCAAGUGAAUUAUCAAAACAGUACCGAUGUAUUCACAUUUUUUCCGUAG